GACCGAAGACGUGUGCUAUUCGAGGUCAUACCCAUCGGCCUCACAACAUGCUUUGAGACCUUAAAAGAUGCAUGUUAAUGACACUUAUCAGUGUUGGCAACAAUGACUCUUCUGGCCAAUUACAGACUGCAGUGACAGAAAUCUUCAUCUAGUAACCGGAAAACAAAGUUCAUGAACUCCAGCAAAACAAGGUAAAUACACUAUAAGGUUCAAUUUUUUCGAUCAUGAACUCCGGUCAUGAACGACAACCGAUUACAAUAGAUGGAAGUCCCUCCGAGUUGGAUUGAUCUACGUGGACUAAUAGUUUGAUUGGGAAUGGGCCCAUAUAACUACCAUGAGUGACAUUACUAGGUACAGAUAGAAUUGUUGUAGUAAAUCAUUAUAGUGUUGAAUUAAGCGACUGAGCACCAUGGUUUAUUUGACCGCCCACUACCUUCGCCGACAUGCUAGCUGACCGCUGUGGACACGUAACUGAAGUAAAACAAAGAUGAAAAUUUGCCCGAAAUCGUUGGUGCUGGUCGCCUCUACCAUAUGUUUUCUGGGACUAUAUCAACUGUUGUCUGUUGUGAUAUGGCUACGUUUCAUGAACAGCGGUUACUUAAAUGGACUAACCCACUUAAAUGGACUCACGGCGAGAAAAGAAGACAUAAAGUUGAAGAAUCAUAUACAAGAUACACGGUCAAUAACAUGUAAAAACACGACAGUGAAGAGACUAGAUCCGUGUCAUCCCUCCAUUCUGCCAUAUAUUACUCAUUCUCCACCGCUGAAAUGUAGACGACAGACAUCAGUGGCUGAAAGUAAAGUUGACGGAGACGGAUACUUGAUGCUUAUCAUCAAACACUAUUCCAGAGUAACCGAUAACAUACACUGUUAUUAUCAAUACAUACGACACCCGACAAAACCUUACAAAGAGGAUGAGGCAUUUGUUUUAAGUAAGAGGAUUGAUUUACCUCCAGCAAAUAGAGUAAAACUUCAGGAGGAUUUUGUGUAUGUUUCCUGCAUGAACAAAUCCGGAUACAAAGUUUAUGAGAAUUUUCAUCUCCACAUGGUAAAAAGAGCUGAGUUUAUUUCCGAAAAAUACACUGAAAUAACAGGAUAUCAACCAAGGCUGAAUGUGUUAAUUGUGAUCAACGACGGAGUGUCGAUGUCUAGUGCCGUUCGUUAUCUUCCAAAAACAACAGAAUACUUAAGAAAAGCAAUGAACGGCAUCAUUUUUUCCGGGUACCAUACAGUUGGUGAAAAUUCUCUGCCAAACCUUUUUCCGCUUCUGACGGGAUUACCACAGUCUGAGGCCAGUAUUGAUUCCCCGUUUAUAUGGAAUCAUUUCUCAGAACAGGGCUAUAAGACAUUUUAUUUGGAGGACAAAAUAUACGCAACCUUCACGUAUAUAGAUCCCGAGCCUACCCGGCCCCCGACAGACUUCUAUACACAUCCUUUCUGGGUGGCAAUGGAGAACUCUUCCUUGUAUUGGGACUCACAGACUUUCUGCCUGGGCAAUGAUCCUAUACAUCGAAUUGCACUUCAGUAUCUGGAAUAUUAUAUUAAAAAUUAUCAACGUCAUCCAUAUUUUGGACUUUAUUUUUUUAAUGAACUAACUCAUGAUGUUGACAGCCCUAUCCAGUUAGCAGACGUUGAUUACAGAAACUUUUUGAAAGAACACAACGAAAGAGGGUAUUUUAACAAUACAAUAAUAUUUUUCAUGAGUGACCAUGGUGCAAGGUUUGGCAGGUUCCGCUCCACCCCUAUUGGCCGCCUAGAAGCCAGUAAUCCUCUCCUGAUAAUGGUUCUGCCCAAAUGGCUCAGGCAGCAGUAUCCACACAUAGCAGCAGCUGUAAACUCGAACACAGAGCGAUUGGUUACUUCAUACGAUAUCCACUCCACGUUAGUCGAUAUUCUUCACUCUGAUAUACCAACUUAUACCGAAAGCAUCAAUGGCAAGAAACGUAGAGAAGGAAUAGCUAAAGGAAUAAGUUUGUUCCGAAAUCUCCCCAGCAGGAGGACGUGUGCCUCAGCAGGUAUACCAGAAGACACCUGCACUUUAUGUACACCACUGGAACCAACUUUUCUGGAUAUUAAUUCACGGAAAGCACGCUUCAUUGCGAAUGCCGUAUUGACCAAAAUAAAUAACGUUCUCGUCAAUGCGACAUCAGAGUGUGACAUUUUACGUAUUUCAGAUAUAACCUACAUAGCCGUAACCUCUUACAGCAGGUUUUUUGUUACUUAUAUUGUAGUUAUUAAAACGGUGCCAGGGAGCGGGAUAUUUGAGGCGUCUGUACGUGAGACGAGGGACAUGGUUUCUGUCUCAACAGAGAGCCAAUAUACUGUUAUGACACCAGUUAUACGACUCAGUCUCUAUGACAACAACUGUUGCUGUACAGAGGACAGUCGCAUAAAGAAAUACUGUCAUUGCAAAGUGACGCGAAGACAACUUCGCAGAAAGGCUGCCCCGAAAGAUUGUUACCAAAAUUAAUGGGCUGUUACAUCUAUACUUUACA